CUGACUACGCUGACCACCCAGUCCAUUGAGCUACAUCGUUCAACUGUCACUGUCCAGGCGAAUCGACAUACUCCGUUGUUAGCUUCAUACUUUCAUCCAUUGCGCCUCCUCCCCCCACGCUGUCAGCCAUUUGGACAACUAUAAAGAAGACCAGGAAAGCCGCAUGCGCCGGGCUCCAGAGUCCUAAUCUCCCCUCGAAACCCUGAACCCCUCCCCCCGACAUCCCCAGCGAAGCACGAGCAUCCCAAAACAACAUGGCCAAAUCCGCACGACGAGGCCCGAAGGCCAAGGGCUCUACAACAUCAUCCUCUACCUCGGGGUCCGGCACAUCGACCCCAGCCUCGCAAUCGGCAACGCCUCUCCCUCCGUUCAGCAAAGCCCCGACCACCCUACUGCCCCUCCUCUCUCCGCUCUCGCCGCGCGAGAUCUACCUCAUCCACAUCGACACCACGCCGAUCAGCCAGAAGAAGCAGGCAUUCAUCGUCCCCGUGCUCAUGAACCUCGCCGUCGUCGGCCUGCUCGCCUACCGGGUCUACUCGGUGCGCCACAUCUACCCGGCGAUGUUCGCCUCGCUGGUCGGCCUGACCACCUCGCUCUCCGUCGACACCUCCACGCUCAGCUGGGGCGAUCUCUGGGGCCUCCUGCUCGGCCGCUUCUUCACCGUCCUGCUCGACUACUUCCUCGUCACCGUGCUCCUCCCCUGGCCGAUCCGGUUCGUCGUCGGCCCCGUCCAGUGGCGCCGCCGCGUCGGGUUCCGCGACCAGGAGAUCAUCGUCCGCCGGAGCCAGUCCGGCCUGACGCAGGACCUGAAGCGCGACCGCUGGAUCCGCGAGGACGAGGAGACGCGCGACCGCAUCGUCACCGCGGUAACGCCGGAGAAGGUCAGGAAGACGGGCUACCUGCUCGUGGACAAGGACUGGGAUCUCGACUAUGAGAGCAUGGUCGUGGCGCACGAGAUGGUCAACGGCCACGGCUCCUCAGACACCAAAGAACCGGCCGUCAAGCUGGAAGAGUUCCGCACGGCGGUGGUGGUGAACACGGACGCUCACGGGUGGUUGAUCUGGCGGGUCGAUGAUGAGAAUCAGACCUCCGUAUCGGAUGCAGACUCUUCCUCAGCCUCCUCGUCGAAGAAGAAAGACCAGAAAGGCAAAGCGAAACAAGAGAUCAGCGACGACGCGGUCCGAUCUGCCCAGCGCGAUCAGAUUAUCGAGUUCCAGCAGAAGUUGACCGCCAUGGGCAAGGAGGACUUGUUCUACCGGUGGGUCGAGCUGAUUCAGUACGAGAGCACUCAACCCGGUGGGUUCACGCCCGAAAGACAGGUGUCGGCCAUGAAGCAGGUCAAGCAGCUUUUCGAGGAGAAUGAUGUGGACUUCGAUAAGUUUUGGGAGGACGUUGGUGGGAUGGAGGAGUUCACGGAACAGCUAGAUUAGCUACCCUAACUCUCUUUUUUUUUCUCGUGCGCUUGGGGCUUUCCUAUAAUUGUUUGUUCAUGUUGUAAUAUAGAAUGGUUUUCUCGAAUGUUGCUGGAGAGGAAACAUCUCGGUUUACGGGAAGGCUUGAGGCAUUGGAAGCAUCGGUGGUGCAUGGCAAGGCGGGGGAAUGGGGCUUACAGGGCAUUUGUCGCUCCCAAUCUAUCUCAUCUAAAAUAAGCAUGUUUGAGC